AUGACUACCAAACCAUCUUUCUGGAAGAGGCGGUCUCUUCGCGUCCGUGAUGAUAGCAGAACUAAUGCUGCCGAGAUGACCUUGCGUCAGUCUCUGGUCCCCAUUUGUCUUGUUACAGUCCUCUUCUUCCUCUGGGGCUUCUCUUACGGUCUUCUUGAUACUCUGAACAAACACUUCCAGAAUACCUUAGGUAUUGACAAGUCCAGGUCUGCUGGUCUUCAAGCUGCUUACUUUGGCGCCUAUCCUCUGGCGUCGCUGGGCCAUGCUGCUUGGAUUUUGCGGCAUUAUGGGUACCGUGCUGUAUUCAUCUGGGGCCUCUGCUUAUAUGGUGUUGGAGCAUUGCUUGCUAUCGCGGCCAUCAAAGCCAAGAGUUUCGGUGCUUUCUGCGCCUUAUGCGGGCCGCCCAAGUUUGCCGAAAUUCGAAUCAAUAUUUCACAAGCCUUCAAUGGUAUUGGUUCAGUGGUUGCGCCGGUUAUGGGUUCAUACGUCUUCUUCAAUUUCCCCGAUAAUGAGGCGCUCAAGAAUGUACAAUGGGUCUACUUGGCGAUUGCGGCCUUCGUGUUACUCCUGGCUGUCGUUUUCUUCUUUUCUGACAUUCCAGAAAUCACUGAUGCGGACAUGGAAUUCCAAGCUUCGGAAGCCAAUGCAGAGGACAACAAGUUGCCUUUCAGAAAACAAUACAGAUUAUUCCAUGCUUCAUUUGCGCAAUUCUGCUACACAGGUGCCCAAGUCGCCAUUGCAAGCUACUUCAUCAACUACGUCACGGAGACACGGAAGGACACUACCAGCUCUCUGGCCUCUCAAUUAUUGGCUGGUGCCCAAGGUGCAUUCGCUGUUGGCCGUUUUGCCGGUGUCGGUCUAAUGCACUUUUUUAAGCCCAGAGCAGUAUUUGGCGUAUACUUGACUCUUUGCAUGGUCUUCAUUAUCCCAGCCAUUGCAAAGGGUGACAACACCGGUCUGGCAAUGCUAUAUAUUACUUUGUUCUUCGAGUCCAUCUGCUUUCCGACCAUUGUUGCCCUCGGUAUGCGAGGACUUGGUCGUCACACAAAGCGUGGAUCUGGGUUUAUUAUCGCUGGUGUUGUCGGUGGUGCCGCUGUACCACCUCUCAUGGGCUAUGUGGCUGACAAGUACACAACCCAACUGUCUAUGGUGGUGCCUCUUUGCUUUUUUGUUGGUGCCUGGACAUAUGCGUUUGCCGUCAAUGCUGUACCCUGGUACAAGAAUACUAUUGACGCAUACACAGCUGCGGAAGUUGGCGUUGAUCCUGCUACUAACGGUUCCAGUGACGUGGAGAAGCAGAAAGCCGUGGAUGGGGAUGUUGUAGUUGUAUCCGCACGUGAGCGAGGUCACUGCGUUUGA